UGUUCGAAGAUUUCAAUAAAAAUCCAACAACUUCUUUGUGUACAGUUUUCUUGUCUUUAAAACUCUGGGUGACUGUUUCUAUCUUGCACAUUACAAUACUGUACGGACAAAACAUGCCUUUUAUCGAUGUGGAGACCAACCUUCCUGCCAGUCAGUUUCCCGACGAGGUUGUGAAAAAGCUUUGCUCUACAGCGGCUUCAAUAUUAGGAAAACCCGAGGACAGAGUUAACGUGACGGUGAAGGCCGGGUUGCCGAUGCUGAUGUCAGGGUCCAUGGCUCCCUGUGUCCAGCUGGUCAUUUCUUCCAUCGGAGUGGUCGGGACCGCGGAGCAGAACAAGGAACACAGCGCCAAGCUCUUCCAGUUUCUCACCAAGGAGCUGGGGCUGAGUGAAGACAGGAUUCUUCUCCGUUUCUAUCCUCUGGAGGCCUGGCAGAUUGGGAAGAAAGGGACUGUCAUGACCUUCCUCUAGACGCUCAUUUAUAUUGAGAAAACAACAUUUAUUACACAGCACCGAAAUGUAGAGAACAACACGAUCUGGGUACUUUCAAUCACGUUACAGAAUCUGUGCCUUACAUGUGUUUAAUAAUAAAAUACUGACACCUACGCUGAGAUUCUGACCUUGGGAAAGUCAUUUGACGGCACUGUGCUGCAGGGCACCCGAUCUGUGCAAUUGGCUGCCAGCAGGAGUCUGAGUCUGUAUUAAAAUGCAGGUGUGCACCACAUUGCUGAUGGAAGUGAUGGCUUUGAUUUGUGGCUUCAAUGUAAAUUGUGUUCAAUCAGAACAAGGAUGUGUGGAAACACAGCUGCCACAGAGAGAGUAUCUACCCUGAGCCAAAAAAACCCAAUCCCCUGUGUGUGUUUGAUACAGCAAUAUGUUACACCGGAUAAUGUCAUUUGGUGUUGUAGUUUAAACAGUUGUAUUUUCAUAACCCAAACCUGUAUGAUCGCUGUAGUGAAAUCAUGGUACUGUGUCUCACUAUAAACCUUAAGACAUGAAAA